GUGGCAUCGCGAGCUGCAUCUCCUACAAAUGCGUGCUGAACUGCGUACAUCCAGCUGUCAGUUUUCCUAUAUUUGGUUGCCGCGGCUUUGAGUUGAGCCAGUUUUCUCGCUGUUUUACACCCACAGGCAUUCUUCUCUUCGACUCGCCAGGCUCCAUCAGCCGGUACAUCACCAACCCACAGCCACAAUGACGGAGACGGAGGCGGCGGGCAAGCUAAACUCCAGGAACGGGAAUGUUCCUCCAGAAGCGACGGCCAACACAACAGACGACGCUUUUGAUCAUACGUACAAAGAGAAAGAAGGCCCCAAACCUCCACGGAUAAUUGUAUGGAAAAAUGUCAUACUGAUGACAUUAUUACAUAUAGGUGCUCUCUACGGCGUAUUCCUUGUCCCUUCAGCAUCUCCUUUGACCUUGCUUUGGUCUCUGUUAUGCUUUUUGCUAAGUGCUUUAGGAGUGACUGCUGGAGCUCAUCGCCUGUGGAGUCACAGGUCCUACAAGGCCUCAUUACCUCUCAGAAUCUUUCUUGCCACUGCUAAUUCCAUGGCCUUUCAGAAUGAUAUCUAUGAAUGGGCUCGAGACCAUAGGGUUCAUCACAAAUAUUCAGAGACAGAUGCUGACCCUCACAAUGCUGUUCGGGGCUUCUUUUUUUCCCACAUUGGCUGGCUCCUGGUGCGCAAACACCCUGACGUCAUCGAAAAAGGGCGCAAGCUGGAGCUCACUGACUUGAAGGCCGAUAAGGUUGUAAUGUUUCAGAGGAAGUAUUACAAGCCGUCCGUGCUGCUCAUGUGCUUCUUGUUCCCCAUGUUUGUGCCUUGGUACCUGUGGGGGGAGUCCCUGUGGGUGGCCUACUUCGUCCCAGCUCUGCUGAGGUACACAUUGGUCCUGAAUGCCACCUGGCUGGUCAACAGUGCGGCUCACAUGUGGGGCAACCGGCCCUAUGACCAGAACAUCAACCCCAGGGAGAACAAGUUUGUCACGUUCAGUGCCAUAGGUGAGGGAUUUCACAAUUAUCACCACACGUUUCCCUAUGACUAUGCAACAAGUGAGUUUGGCUGCAAGUUGAACCUUACCACUUGUUUCAUCGACUUCAUGUGCUUCUUGGGCCUGGCAAAGGACUGUAAGAGAGUGUCCCAUGAAGUAGUCCUGGCCCGAAUACAGCGCACGGGAGAUGGAAGCCAUAGAAGUGGCUAAGAUCCGUUCCACCUGUUCAGCUUCAAGACUUCAAGAAGAAGCUAACAAGUAAAUAGUGUAAUUUUUGGGGGAGCUCUUUUCUUUUGUGUAGCUACAACCAUACCCUCACAUUUCCUUUUACAGCUAUACUUUUCUAGUAUCCUGAAGAUACAAGUCAGCUGCAUGAGGGUCUUUAGGUCAUAUCACCUGUUUAAUGGUUUGUAGCUGCAACAAAAGAAAGCAUUAAUGAUGGACCAAUCAAUGUUUCGCAAAGCUCCCGGCAUAGCCUUUGCUCCUUAAUCCGACCUAGACAGCCCAGUUGUUGGAAUGAUACAAAUUGUCGCAUAGGCAAUCAACCAGAAUUGUCAGAGAUGUUCUAGGACUGAAGUAGCUUCAUUUCAAGUAAUUUUCAUCUUUGGUGUGCAUAGUUUUCAUGCAAUGUGGGUCAUGUAGCUAAUUUUUUUAGUAUUAUUACUCAAUCAUUACUCAAAAUUUAGGAAGGACUAGAGUACUGCAAUCUAGAAUAACUGUCAUUUGAUAGGGUGUGAUGCUGAUUUGGAGACUGUUGCCUUUGUCUGAUUUUGCAGUUUACAGGAAUUUUUACAGUGAUUUAAAUGAAAAUUUUGAGCGCCCUAAAAUCUGGGAGAGAAAUAGAAAACAAAACAAUUGAGAUAACAGCAUGAAUUACUCAUCCUGUUGAAAGAUGCUGGCUAUUUACACAAUUACAGAUGAUUAUGAAUCAUACUGAAAGAGUGAGGGAACCCAGACCUUAAUUUUUUUUCCAUUAUCUGAAUAUACUUGCAAACAGUAUACCAAAACUGCUGAGAAAUAGUGGAAUAGUAUGUUUCCAGAUCAUCAACAGAAAACUGAAUCAAAUCUGUAGAGCAGUUAGAAACACAUGCAAUGAUGCAAUAUGAACACAAAUUUGUUCUGCGAAAUGAUUGGAUAGCAUUUUCUCAGGACAACUUAAAGGGACACAUUGUCACAAAAUUUAAACUGCCAUUUAAUAAUCUGUUAAAUGUUACUUUAACUUUGUACCAUGCAAUGUUGAAUUGACUUAUUUGUGUUAUUUCAAAUGAAUAUGUCAGAGUACCAAGAAUGUGCCAACUUUUGACAUUUUUCUAACCAUGUAUACAUGGCCCAGUGGAGGUGGCCCUCUAUAGCACACUGUAGCUCCGUAUGGCUUCUCUCAACAGUGGACAAUUAUUAAAAAGUGGUAACAUCAGUUGCUAUGCUUUUCAUGACACAUUCUCCAUGUCCUUCUCUUGUCCUGAAAUAUUGACAGCAGGGAGACGAGACCACCAGAGCAGCCACAAGAGGCUGUCUUUGGUUGAUGUAGCAGCCAACAGUUCUUGUGUUACAAAACAAAAUGCCAUGCAUGGUAUAGGUGUUGUCGUGAGCUCUUUCUUUGGUAAUCCUAAUGGCAGAACUACUGAACUGCAUCUGUUUUUGUAGUGUACUGUGAAGUAGCAUAGCUUUUGGAUCAUCAGAACUGUUAACUGUGUUUUGUAACAAAUGGUCUGGUUUCCCCCUUGAUGUCCUUAAAAAUUGAUUGUCACUGAAAUAAUUUAAGGUGCAUUGCUUUUUAUAUUCAUCGUCAGUUCUGGUUGCGUGCUGGAAUGCUUAUGUAUUAUUAAUUAAUUUAUUAUCUUAUUUACUAAAGAAAAUGUCUUUGACAAAGAUGUUUUUGUUGAUUUUUUUAUAUGGAUUUUCAACAUUUCCAAAUUCAUAGAUAGUCUCCUAAAGUAUACAGAAUUUGAGCAUUGGUUUAUUUUUUUUUUUUUUUCCAGGAGUCAGGAUACGACUUAAUGCCUUAUAACUUACAUCCAUUCCUGAUCUUCUCCACAUAUUGUCAUUUACAGCAAAUAAGUGCAAGUACUGCAAAACAAAUCUGAGGUCCAGUUUUAUAGUCUAAUAUACUGUUGAACAUUGUGUUUAUUCUUACAUGCCACACAGCUGUACAAUAGCAAAGUAAACUAAGACGAGUCAGAUACUUUAUACCUGGUACUGUACAAACGUUUAAUCGUCUUUGGCAAGAGAGGUUUAACUUAAGUUUUAAAAUUUAAUUGGGCCCUGAUGGAUGUGCCAGCUAGUCUGAAUACAUGGCAUUUCAGUGUGACAAUGGUCCUUGUAGCUAUUGUGGGCAAUGUUAGAGCAUCAACAAGCACUCCUAAUAACAAUUGUCUCAAGCCAUGCACACACUCUGGCUUUACAGAGCACCAAAAUUAAUUGUUUGUUGAAUGAUAAGGGGAUUAAAAGGUUGUCAGUCUUCUGAAUGGUAUGUAAAAAAUGAAAUAUAUUCUGAAAUAAAAUUCACAGGUAUUUUCAGUACACUUGGAAUUCA